AUGUUCGUGAGCAUUGUAGACAUUCGUUUUGUCGUUUUAAGCGAGAAUCUCCUGAUUUCCGUCUUCCUUCUCGGGAGGAUCAAUGCAACGCGGGGCUACCGAGUCCUGGCUCUGGGCUGGAAACCCCUGGGGAGGUCGACUGACAAUCUUUCAUCUCCAGGCGACCUUCGUAUCGGCCACAAUGCUUGGGAGCUGGAAUAUCAUGCGCUUAGGCGUGAGGACAUUGAAUCCAAUCUUAGCUUUCUCGGCCUAAUCGUUCUGGAUAACCCCGUCAAACUGCAGUCUGUUCCAACCAUUGAAGAACUGUCUCGAGCCAACUUCCACAUCCGGAUGGCUACUGGUGCGUUUCAUUCUAUCUUCUUCUACUAA